AUGGGCCUGUCUCAGGCGCGCCUACUUCGGGUACAGGCUUUGGGUCGCAGCGCGGGCUCGGAGAACAAUGCAGAUGAAAAUGCUCCACAACUGGUGCUCUACGCUCCCGGGGAACAGCUGAAGCAGGAGAACCGAAACGAGCCCAGUUUCCAUGAGCCACAGAUAGUGGAACCGGAGUCUGAGAAGGACAGCCGUAAGGUGCCUGACUAUCUGUACUCCAAUUCGAUACCCAUGCUCAGCGAACCCAACAUUAAGUAUCGUCUGCCCCAGUUGACUGCAUACCCCGUGGCCUAUGGACCACAAAUUGUCACCAAUACAAACAGAAGCCCCAACAACAACAAUAAUCUAGGCUUAGAUAGCGUACCAUAUGUGGUGGUGCCCCGUGUCCAGCUAGGCUUUAAUGUGCAGGGUCAAACGGGUCUUAAUUGGCCUGGCUUCAAUCUCUUGCCUUCCAAGCAGCCAGGCGAACCUCCUGAACAGAAGGAAGAAACGCAAACUGCCUAUAUUCCGAUACCAGUGCCAGGUCCACCAGGACCACCGGGCCCACCGGGUCCUCCAGGACCGCGCGGACUAACCGGACCAACGGGGCCACGAGGCAGAGAUGGUCCACGCGGACCACCCGGAAACGCAGGCAUUACAGCACAGACCCCACAGAGCAUUUGGUAUACCCAAAGCAAUAGCAAUAUCAAUGGGAAUAAGCCGCAAUAUGAACAUUUCUCGAGUGGUUAUCAAAACUAA